UCCGUGUCCAGCUGGCAACGUUCAGUUUAGCUUUUUGCUAAGCUCUUUGCUAACAUGCACAGCUUGUGAGUGUGCACGCAGCGUCUGUUACCACAUAAAUAUACACUCAUAUACGUGUUAAGUUGUUUAGUUAUUCGGUAUCAACUUAAAAAAUAACGACUGACUUCAGAAUGAGGUAAAGGGCAGAAUGAGGUUUCGUGGAAGUGUCAAGCAUUUUCGGUAGGGCACGCGUCCAAGGGGAUGCUAGCCGCUCUUCGACGCUGCAACAAGGAAAAGUGGAAAAGAGAAACAGGCUGCGGAGUUUAAACAGCAAAGGAAAGAGGGAAGUGAAUCUAAACCGUGUUCACCCCACUCCACAGUGGAGCAGCAGCUGCCGCAGGCUCCCACGGACACCAUGGUUUAACUCUUCUGAACAGCACAGUGUGCUAGUGUUAGAGUGUGUUUGUGUGUGUGUGAGAGAGAGAGAGAGAGAGUGUGUAGGCUGCGUGGCUCACUAUAUCAACCUCGGUGACUCUAUUGUGUGAAAAGGCCAGUGGUCCAGAAGAUGGGUCAUCCUCCUCUGGAGUUCAGUGACUGCUAUCUGGACAGUCCGGACUUCAGAGAGACUCUCAAAUGCCAUGAAUUAGAGCUGGACAGAACCAGCAAGUUCCUCAAAGAGGUGAUCAAAGAUGGCAACAGUGUCAUCACCGCAAUCAGGGGUUAUUCUGUUGCUGUGCAGAAGUUUUCUCAGACUCUCAGUAUGUUCCAGUUUGACUUCAUUGGUGACUCUCUGACUGAUGAUGAGAUUAAUAUUGCCGAGUCCUUCCAUGAGUUUGCUGGUCUCCUACAGGAAGUGGAGCACGACAGGAUGAUGCUGGUUCAAAAUGCCUCAGAUCUUCUCAUCAAGCCUUUGGAGAAGUUCAGAAAAGAGCAAAUCGGAGUAAUGAAGGAGAAGAAAAAGAAGUUUGAGAAAGAGAGUGAAAAAUAUUACUCCCAGUUAGACAAACACCUAAAUCUCUCUGCCAAGAAAAAAGAGAGUCAGCUUCAAGAGGCUGAUGAUCUGUUAGACAAAGAGCGGGUGAACUUCUGCGAGUCCUCAGUGGAAUACGUUUACCAGAUCCAUCAGGUGCAGGACAAGAAGAAAUUUGACAUAGUGGAGCCUGUGCUGGCGUUUCUUCACAGCAUUUUAACACUCAACAACCUGACGGUGGAGAUGACACAGGACUUCAUGCCUUAUAAGCAGGAGCUGCAGCUCAGCUUGCAGAAUACACGAAACCACUAUGAGAGCACUCGUGAGGAGAUGGAGGAGCUGAUGAGGAGAAUGAGACAUCCGUCCCAGAUCUGUAAAAUGCACAACUACCUGCCAAUGGAGGGUUAUCUGUACUGUCAGGAGAAGUGGGCUUUGGGCGUCACAUGGGUCAAAUAUUACUGCAAGUAUCACAAGGACGGGAGACUGCUCGUCAUGGUUCCCUGUGAACAGAAGCCUACAACUAAACAGGGCCCCACGCAGCUGACAAUGAAGUCCUGCAUCCGCCGGAAGACAGAGUCCAUAGACAAGCGCUUUUGCUUUGACGUGGAAAUUAUCGAGAGAAACACGCCUGUUACUUUCCAGGCACUUUCAGAGGAGGACAGGAAGAUGUGGAUGGAGGCCAUGGAUGGAAAAGAGCCUAUCUAUCAUUCCCCAAUUCACAAACAAGCUGAAAUGGAGCUGAAUGAAACUGGAUUCAAGUUUGUGCGAAAGUGCAUCAACUACAUUGAAUCGAAAGGAGUGACACAAGAAGGAGUGUACAGAACAGUUGGCAGCAACAUCCAAGUGCAGAAGCUUUUAAAUGCUUUCUUUGACCCCACAAACCCAGCAGACGUGGACCUCCACAGCAGCGACUCGGACAUUAAAACCAUUGCAAGUGCAUUGAAGUUUUAUUUGAGGAGUCUGUCUGAACCUCUGAUGACCUACGGUCUUCACAGGGACCUCAUGUGUGCUGCAAAGUCAGAUAGUCUGGACUUCAGACUUAGUGAAAUUCAUUCCCUCACCUACAAACUACCAGAGAAGAACCGGGAGAUGCUGGAGAUGCUCAUCAAACACUUGGUCAAUGUGUGCAGCCACAGUGAUGAAAACCGCAUGACUCCCUCCAACAUGGCUGUCGUCUUCGGACCCACACUGAUGAGAGCGAAGGAGGAGACUGUGGCAGCCAUGUUGGAUAUCAAGUUCCAAAACAUUGUCGUUGAGAUUCUCAUCGAGGACUACCAAAAGAUCUUUAGUUAUAUGCCAGAGGACAGCACCGCCCCACCUGUCCCUCCUCCGCGGAUCACCCCGAGAAAGCGGCAGCCCAUCACAAUCUCCAAGCGGCCAGCUCGUGUUUUUCAAGCGCUUAGUCACGACCAAUUCCAGAAAACAGAGAAUGGCCAGAACGAAGGCUCAGUCACCGCGAACCCGGUUCCCUUGCAGCGGACAAAACCUGUAAGCUUUCCUCCAAUGGUUCCAAAAGAACCCCCACCGAGACUACCAAUGAUGCCCCGACCCAGACAUUUGGACUCUGACGCUGGGAAGAUAGAAGAUGCCAGACAAAGGCCAGAUUCCUCUUCAGCUGCAAAUGGAGAAUCUGGAGUGUAUGUGAGCCGAGUCCCAUCAUUCCAGAGCAGAAAACCAUCUCAAAAGACCACAUCCGCCCACAGAGAAGGAGAUUCUGAAGGUCUGACCAGAACAAGGUCUGCAGAGAAACCUGCCAUUUGUCGACCCCCGGUCAGGCCUCCCGAGCCCCCGUCCAGACUCCCCCCUCCACAGAAGCCUCCGAGUGCAGCCAGCAGUGAGGCCACACCCACUUCUUAUGUUGCCUCGAAAGCAAAGUUUUUUGAAAAUGCCUCCCGGUAAGAAGGAAGAACUGAAGUUGAGGAGCUGAACACCGCAUCAUGUGACCUGCGUGACCUGAGGACCUGAACUCUUAUCCUGCUUCACUGAGGAAAAUGACCCUGAACAGUAAAUAAGGAUAACAACUAUGUUUUAAACAACAUGGAAUCAAAGUUAAAUGUAAAUGAGCUUGUACUGUCACUGGCUCAGCGUUUUAAAGUUGGGACAGUUGAGUAUUUUUUUUCCUUCCCCAUCACUUACACUCCAAUAUUUAGUCAUUUUACAGUUAAACAGAAACUAACUGUUGUGACUGGUUAUGUCUUGUAUAGCAUCUUAACACUCAGUAGUGUAACCAAAGUGUCCCAAAAAAAAUGUAUUCAUUCAAAUUGAUACGUAAAAUGAAUCACUUGAAUGGAUUCAUAAUGACCAGUUUGAUAAUUAUUAUUAAUUUUAAAAUGUGACAUAUUUGGUCUAAUUAAUUUAUAGAUUUUGUAAAUUCAUUGAGACAAAAUCAAUUUUAUGUAUUUUUUUUAUUGAAUGUGCUUAAAGAUGAGCAACUGCUAAAUAUGCUGUUACAGUAUUAAAAAAAGAAGAAGAUUUCAUGUUACAAAAUAAACAAAUGAUUUGGUGUGUAAUAUUAAUCAUCACAGUUACAGCUCAAACAUAGUUCACUUUUCAAAUAAUUAAAAUAAUAUUUGCUACAGGAAGUGCAGGUUUGUAUUACAGUGUAUAAUUUACACUGAAAACAAAGUUAUUGUGUUAAACACAGGGGGAAAAAAACCUGAUUGACCUCUGACCUGACUAGUCAGUUUGUACAGGUUGUGUAGUUGUUGUUGUUUUGUAAAGAGUGAAAAUAACCUUUAAUAGUUUUGCUCCUCAAAUGGAUUAUUGUGAUUGAAAAAAAGUGGAUCAAAAAUGAUUGCUACGACAUGACAAAAACACGUUUUUGUUUGUUGAAUUUUAUUAUAUAGUUCUCAAAAUUAUAAUGUUUGGUUUAAAGGUGUUUUUUUUGUAAAUUCAUUUGAAGAGCCAAACCUGAACUCUCAGGUUGCUGUCUGGUUUCCAAAAAGUUAAAUAUAUAAAAAUAAAUAAAUAAAUGCAGCCUGAUGUUAAACUGA